AUGGAUAGGUUAAAGAAGACACGUACGAUUAGUCGAGCGGCGUUUACUCGCCAUUUGGGCGUAUUGAACACUGAAUUAGCAAAGGAGAGAUCAGAUAUACAAGAGCUUCAAGCGCGUCUUGCAUUAGUAAGAGAGAAAGCGAGCGAGCUUGAGGAAAUUAAUCAGAAGAUCUUUGAGGCUAUGGUCGAAGGCGAUGCGGACGAAGAGCAACUUUUGCGAGAAACCGAAGCGGCUGACGAGUACAGAAUGAGAUACCAGCAAGCAAAGGCUGCAGUAAAUAGUAUUUUUGAGCCCACCACUCCAGCACGACAGACAGAAGAUAUCGGUAACGUGAGGCGCACGGUUCAGGACUUACACGUGCGCACUUUUAAGUUACCAAAAAUACAGCUACCAAAAUUCAAUGGAGACAUCAAGGAUUGGUUACAAUUUUGGGGCUUAUUUAAGAACAUUCACGAAGAUCAGACCAUUUCUAGAGAAGAUAAGUUUCAGUACUUAAUCCAAACAAUGGUUAAGGAUUCACGAGCGAGCGAAUUAGUCAAUAGUUUCCCACCAACAGCUGCCAAUUACGACAAGGUGAUUACGUGUUUAAAGAACCGUUUUGGCAGAGAGGACUUGCUGGUGGAAGUAUACGUUCGCGAGAUGCUGAAGUUAAUAUUAACCAGAACAAAGGCAAGUAAUCAAACUUCUUUAUCAAAAAUUUAUGAUAGACUUGAAACUCAUUUGCGUGCACUCGAGUCCUUGGGUGUUACGACAGCCAUGUGUGCAGCAAUGCUCUACCCCCUGGUGGAAUCAUCGUUACCGGAGGACCUUUUGCGAGUUUGGCAGAGAAAUCCGAAGGCAAUUGCGUCCACAACUUCAAAACAGAGAUUAGAUGAGCUGAUGAUCUUCCUUCAAGCCGAGGUAUUGAGUGAAGAAAGGAUUUCCAUGGCGGUAAGUGGCUUCGGCUUACACGAUGAACAGAAUAUUCAAGAUAAGUCGAAGAGAAAAGGAAAAGCGGAACCAAAGGAGGUUGCUACAGCGGCGGGACUUCUUUCAACGAGGGAAGAAAAACGUACCUGUAUAUUUUGCGAGCAGAGCCACGACAGCGCUUCAUGUGCAAGAGCAAAGAAGAUGACUCAGGAAGAGAGGCACAGAACGGCCAAAGAGAAAAAUGCCUGUUUCCGUUGUUUAAAAACAGGUCACAGCUUUAAAUUUUGUCG